GGCAGGAAAAGCUUCAGACAGCGAGCUGUGUUGCUACAUGUUUCAACAUCCACCCACCUCAUGAGUAAGUUAUGGAGCUCAUAUUUCUAGAGAAAUGCAAAGAACCACUGAACAUUAUGAAAUAGCGAUCCUGCAAUGGGAAACUUUUCUUCUUCUGUAGCCACAAAAAUAAAAAGCUGCUGUUAACAGCUUCUGCUGUGGAGAUACAGUUGAUUUGAAUCACUGUGAGAAACAUGAUCCACAACAGGACUGACUGUAAGUGUGACUUCACUGAUACGGUUUCCUCUGGAUCUCAUUAGUCAGUGAAUCACAAUGAUGAAACAUUUCCAUACACAGAAAUCUGAAUAAUGAUGAAUGAUGAAACAAUGAGUCGCUGUGAUUGCUGCUGAUAAUGAACAGGCCAGAGCAUUGUGUGGUUAAAUCUUGUGAUCAGAUCUUCUGAUCGGUUCUCUGAGGAAAUCAGUGGAACACGUUGGUGCAAUAGUGACGGUAAACUUCACCUCUACAAAUACAAAUUAAUUUACACGUUAACCAUAAAAAAGGUCCAAAUUGUAAAUAAUGUCGACAUCAAAAAUCUGUAUUUGCAUUUUACUAUAUCCUCCAAUAUAUUAUUUUACAGAUAAUUCCCAUUAUUUUAACUGUUAUGGUAUUCUGUUUUUUGACAUAUUUUUCUGGCAGCCUUGUUGCCAGAUUUUCUUUUUUUUUUUUUUUUUUAAACAGGAUUUUUUUUGUACAGUAUAGAACAAAAGUGAGCACACUCAUGAGUUAUGUCACUCAGUUGUGAAAUUAUUCCAUACUGCAUUGUCUCUCAAUAAUUGCAUUAUUUCUAGGUUUUGCAGUAGAGUAUUUGUUGUUAUGAACAAGUCUUUUACAAAGACUGAAGUGAAUCUACUUGUGAUCACUGAAACUAAACUUACUAAACCUGUGAUUUCCAGUCAGUCUAACUGCAUGAACAUGGUUCUAGAAUGAGCUGUGACCAGAACUUUCUCAGGUUUGGACCUAUUGGCUAUGCAGCCAUCAUCCUCCUAAAAUGACUCCACAGACAGAGUUUUAAUGAAGCUCAGACAGUGUAAAGGACACUUCAUAGCAUCAACCUUUAUGGAUGGAGAACAAGAAAAAAACAUUGUUUGUUCACCACAAAAUAGCAACAUGAAACUUUGCUAAAAAACAUAAAAAGUAACUUGAUGAAUGUCAGGAGCACAUUCUUUGAUCAUGUCAGAUCCAUUUAUUGAGAUCAGAUGGAGUCCAGCAUGUUUGGUGUGAACCAGACCAGGACUACCACAGUGAACGAACAGUCCUGAUAGUCCUGAUAAUGAAGCAUGGAGGUGGGUGUGGUGAUAUGAAGCAGCACAACUGCCAACAGAGUUGGGAGAUUUAAGAAUGCACCAUGAAUGUCUGUGAAUAAACCAAAAUACUGACUGACAAGGUGACUCCCAGUCUGCAGAAGCUUGAAGAAGAGGAAUAUCACAGCAGGAGAACAUGGUCUCAGUGAUGCAACAAAUGAAAUUGGAAUAAUGACAAAGAUGUAAAUUUCUGUCUGUGGUCGGGCAGGAAGUGCCUAAAUCUGGAGAGACACACCUUCAGUCUGACUCUGAGUCAGUGCUGAGAGACUCUGAGAACUCCUGGAAACCGAGCCCACAGAAAAAACUGAUGUCAAACCUUCUGAGAACCCAACAGCCGGCUGGUUUCCUCAGAAGACACUUUGAUUCAGGAUGGACAGAGGAUAAAUAUCAGCAUCAGCAGCAUGAAGGCUUCACAUCACAUCAUUCACAGGACAAGACCAGUGGACCAGACUGAAGUCUCCCAGCUGCUGCACACCUCCAUCUCAAGGCAACAAUGCAUUGUGGGUACCUGCGUUUCCUGUUUCUGGUGCUGUGGGCGGAGCUUGCAGCAGGUAAAGCGUUACCUACCGACAGACCAGACACUGAAAUGCAAAGCAUCAUUGAGGACCUGCUGGCGGCGCUGCAAAACUAUAGUCGUGUCCUCAGAGAGACGGACUCCCUGAGAGAUCUGCCAGUACAGCCCUGCACAGAGGCUCCUGCUCACCUGACCCAGAGCUUGACUGUGGCCAGCAGACUGUUGCACUAUAAGAACUGUGCUGAGAAGCUCCGAGCCUUCUGUCCAGACAACAGCGCUCUGUGUCGAGUCGUGGUCCUGAACCAGGACCUGCUGCAACACCUGGUGAGUCUCUACCAGCUGAUUGGACGAGGAAGGAAGGAAGAAAGGAGGAAAGAGGGACGGAAGGAAGGAAGGAAGGAGGGAAGGAAGGAGGGAAAGAAGGAAGAAAGAAAGGAUAGAAGGAAGGAAGAUAGAUGUGAAGGAAGGAAGGAAGGAAGGAAGGAAGGAAGAAGAGAGGGAAGGAAGGAAAGAAGGAAGGAAAGAAGGAAGGAAGGAAGGAAGGAAGGAAGGAAGGAAAGAAAAGGACAAAUGAUUAAACACAGGGGAAAAAGGCAAACUGUCCCCUGAGCUCUUGAGACAACAAAACACCAAUUAGAUCAAUUAGAGGGACUUGACUGAUUGAUUGAUUGAUUGAUUGAUUGAUUGAUUAUUCCUUCAGAAAGGAACAGACGAGGACUCUGCAGAUUGUUCCACCUCGUCCCCCCUGUCCUCCUCUUCGCUCCCUUUGUUGGACUUCACUUCCACCUGUCAAUCACUGCAGUGUGUUGAGUGCUGGAACCAGCAGGUGGCAGCACUGCGCAGAUAACUAAUAA